CGGUGGAACACAGAUCUCGUUGGGACAAGAGCUUGUAAUAAACACAAACAUGAGUCAGCACGGACUACAAAGCGGUCAAAUCGGCACGGCUUUCCUGCUCAACGCUGGUGCUGCACUUGCGACAGUUGUGGGUGGAUUGAUUAUUUGUAGUCACCAUACGCUUCGCCUUGCCACCCCAAUGGCUUUGGCUACCACGCUCAGUAUCUCUGGCGGGGUUACAGUCUUUCUGUCACUCGUAUUGAGCUUCGGCUAUUCCGUGCUCGAGUUUACUGACGCUUUUGAGCCCGACCGCGACGAUUACGACGCGCUCAGCGGGCAGUCCUGGACGGCGGCAACGAUCUGUCUAGGGGGCGGGAUCAUGGUCGUCUACGGCGUGGACUUCAUCGUACAGAAGCUCACGCCGGAUAUUGGUCCCGAUACGCCGAAGGAGAUAAACAACUGCAACGAAAUGAGAAGAUCCGAACAUGGCAGCCUUCAGGACAGUGUUAUGCUGGAAUCACCCAAAGAUCAAGGUUUUAUCAGGAUGGACGAGGCUGCUAAGCAGAAGUUACAGCGAAUGGGUAUCCUGAGUGGAAUCGCCAUCGCACUGCACAACAUCCCGUCGGGUAUCGCCACGUUCACUGCCGGAAUUGAAGACCCGGCUAUCGGUUUAUCCAUGGCCAUCGGUGUCGGACUCCACAACAUAGCAGAAGGUGUCGCGGUGGCCGCGCCAGUGUACUUCGCUACUGGUAGCAAGUGUAAAGGAAUCAUGUGGUGUGUUGUAGCUGCCAUCGCCGAGCAUGUCGGGGCCUUCAUCGCCCUCGCCAUUACCGGCAAAGAUGACAAUGACUUUGCACAGGCUACGCUAUAUGGCGUUGUCGCCGGCAUGAUGGCUACUAUCACGAUGAAGGAUGUCUUCCCUACUGCUUACACAUACGCUAAUGGUCGCAUCCACCUCGUUUCCAACGGCGGUCUAGUGGGUAUGGUCCUGAUGGCAUUGAGUCUCUACGUCUUCAAGUACGUAGGAGUUGGAAAAUAAACACGAACAAAACGUAGCAGCAAUAUGGCAAAUGACUUUUGUGUAGUAUCUGCUACGUGGAAUGGCUAU